GCCAAACCAGUUUUAAUUUUUCUGCCCUUAUUAACAAUAUUUCUAGACUAGAAUAGUCGCAACGCGCACUUUGCGAACCUAAGCAAACUUACGUCUUUUUGCAUUUCAAUUAUUAUUGUGUAUUGUGACACUUAACGACAUCGAGUGGCGAGUAGUGAUACUAUGUAUUGUACAGUGUACUAUCUAUUUCAGCUACCCGCUAACAGGUGGUAUUAGUCGUAAUUAAAUAUUUCGAAUUAACUCGUUGGUUCGAGAAAGUUCUGGUUCUGGCUAGCUAAUGUAUUCCGAUCACUUCGAGAUGGCAGUAUUUGCAUAUAAAAAGGCUAGCGGUGCAACUGCGAGUCAGUCUACUUAGAAAAGGCGAAGGAAGCAAAACUGUCUAUUGUGAAAUAAAGUAACACCCGUGCACAAAAGUAUUUUGAUUUGACUUAUUGUUUUUAUGUGCGAUAUGUUAGUAUGGAAAAGAAGCGAAAAAUCGACAGCGAAUGCAGAACGUUCCAAGAUAAAUGGAAUUUUCAGUAUUUUGUGAUUGAGUCCAGAAAUAAGGCGCUAUGUUUAAUUCGUAAUGAAACCAUAGCUGUUCUUAAAGAAUAUUACAUUAAACGACACUAUGAAUCGAAACAUCUUCAAAAUUACUCCAAGUAUACAGGAAGUUUGCGGACGGAACAAUUUGAAGCUUUGAAACGUAGACUCAAAUCGCAGCAAUCUUUGUUUACCAAAGCGAAUACUGAACAAGAGUCUGCAACUCGCGCCAGCUUUCGCAUGGCUCUUGAAAUCGGAAAACGUGGCAAACCAUUCAUCGAUGGAGAAAUGAUAAAAAAUGCUUGAUUGCAGUAGCCGAAGAAAUAUGCCCCGAAAAGGUAAAUUUAUUUAAAAGUGUCAGUUUGUCAGCAAACACCGUGGCUCGGAGGGUACAAGACAUCGCAGAAGAUAUAUAAUCUUAACUGUCUGACAAAAAUGGACAUCAUGAGUGGUUUUCUCUACCAUUGGAUGAGGCAACGGAUGUGUCAGAUAUUGCUCAGGUGUUGAUUUUUAUUCCCUAUGAAGUGUAUGAAGAACUUCUUGAUAUUGAUA